AUGAUCGCAGCAGUGGAGUCAAUCCUCAGCCAGACGGGAGCGACAGGCGAAACGAAGAACUUCAUUCGACACCAAGUGUCCUCCUUCCUCAUGGCACAUAGGUCGCGUGACGUGCUUUCCAACGUCGAGCGCGGUGCCCUUAAGGAAAUCAGGGCCGACAACGACCUGGUUAUCGUGCCUGCGGACAAGGGGCGUUCAACGGUCGUAUUGGGCAGGACAAACUACAAUCAAAAAGCCAAAAGCUUGUUGGAGGAUCGUCAGUCCUAUGUCCCAUGCGAAUCCAACCCAAUAAAAACGCUGACACGCGAGAUUAACGCGACGCUGUUGGCAAUGGAGAACUCAGGUGCAAUAUCGCCAAUCGACCGGUGCAAGGUGAGAGCACGAGAAACGGCCCUAGCCCUAUUCUACGGUCUUCCAAAAGUACACAAAGAGGGCGCUCCUCUCCGGCCUAUCGUAUCACUAAAGGGCACUCCAACCUACGGACUGGCAAAGUGCCUGUUCCGACGUCUCAAAUUUCUGACCUCUGAUUCGAACUCCACAGUCAGCUAG